AUGAAAUCAAAAUAGGCGUAGACACCUGAAUAGAUAUUACACAUUCUGAGAUCUUUCAAGUCCUUAAUGGGGAAAUAAAACUCCAUGAGUCCAUAGACGAGAUGUCAAACUUGUGUUCAGACUGUGAAAAAGGAGGGAAAAUAAACAUUUGAUUGUUUACUAACAUCUCCAAUGGUGAUGAUGGAGGAUUAAGAAUGCGUGAGGGAGGGAGUGGAGGAGAAGAUAGAGAUUUUGUCGAAUCAAAUAAAGUAAAUGCAGGUAAAAUAGGAGCAAUUGGAGAGUCAACACUAUUAAUUAAGCAAGAAUGUAAAGAAGUUAAAUCUCGAUAAAAAACAACAAUUGCAAGAAAGGAGUUAGAUGGUAAGAAAAUUGGAUUAGAUGAUUGAUAUCCAGACAAAGUAGGAAGAUAAUUUAAAUUAGUUAAAGUAACUAUUUGCCUCUCGAAAAAUAAUUUGA